AUGGCGGAUAAUAGUAAUGCCCAGAACAUCAUGCCAAUGGCAGGAGCAGCUCCCACAGUCGCGGGAGGGUUGAACUACAAACAAUCGAAACAGCAUAUUCCUAGGCCUCGUAAUGCGUUUAUUCUGUUUAGAUCUCACCAGCAGAAAUUGCUGACGGACUACUGGAAACAGUCCGGGCAGGAUAUUCCCCACAACUGCGAGGUUAGUAAGAUCAUCAGUUUCCAGUGGAAGAAGUUGACCCCUGAGGAGAAGAAGGAAUGGCACGAUAAGGCGGAGUUGGAAAAACAGGAACACGCAAAGAAGUAUCCGGGCUACAAGUAUAAGCCUAAACGCAAGAAGAAUCGGAACAAGCUGGCCUUGGAGUUUGAGCUGCAGAAUCUGGUGCGGAUGUACCCCCACGGGGGGGCAGCCGCAGCCGCAGCCGCAGCUGCGGCUGCGGCUGCGGCGGCAUCUUCUGUUGUUCCUGGAUCUUCCAGUGGGCACAGCACGAAUCCCUCUUCUGCGUCUGCGUCUGUGUCUGCUCUUCCUCCGCUCGGCGGCAGGGCAGACGACCAAUUGCAUUUCCAACAACAGGUUGCAGCGGCGUCUGCUGGUUCACAGACUUCCAGUGCCUAUAUCAUGCAGAUGGUGCCCUGGGAAAACCGGUACACCGCGCAGGAGCAGCACGCGCAGCACCAUCAGCAGGGCCUGCCGCAGCAGCAGCCGCAGCAGCCGUCGGUGGCGGCCGCGACGGCGGCUGUCGCCGCAGGCCCUCCGCAGCAACACAUGGGGAGCCAGCACGGUACGUCGUCUCCGCAACAGUUGCAUCAGAAUGUUAAUAAUUCCAGCCAAUUGUCUCCUAUGAAUUUCAGCUCGAUGCCGGGGAACAAUUCGAAGAUUGCGUAUAACCAUGAAAACAUGUGGAAGCUGUAUUACCGCCAGCAGCAGACCCAGACGCAACCGCAGCAGACCCAGCACUCACAGCAGCAGCAGACCCAGCAGAACCAACAGAACCAACCGCAGAACCAGCAGGUACACCAACAAUAUAGAUAUUCCCAACAAUACAGGUACCCCCAACAGCAACAACAGCAGCAACAGCACCAGCACCAGCAGCAGGUGCAUUACCCACAACAGCAGCAGCAACAAUCGUAUUACCGGUUACCCAAUCUACAGCAGGACACGUCGUACCUCGAUCAGGGGUUUCAGCAUGCGGUGUCGUCUAACGCGCCGCCGACCUCGGCCGGCGGCAACCACAAUUCUAUGUUGUCCGGUGGCGGGGGAGGCACGCCCGCACGCUAUGUCGUUCCGUUGAGCCACGGAUCGUCUGGGCCAAUGAAUGUUUCUUCCGCCGUUGGCGGCCACAACUCGCUUCCCAGCAGCAGCAGUAAUUCCAACAUGGCCGCAGCUGCGGCCGUUUCACUAAAUCACAUGGGCUCGUCGCAGGUGGAGGACUUACAUCACGGCAAGUGA